CAAGAUCCACCUCUUUGAGAACGUGGGCUACACCGGGCGGAAGAUGGAGAUUGUGGACGACGACGUCCCCAGCCUCUGGGCCCACGGCUUCCAGGACCGCGUGGCCAGCGUCAGGGCCCUGAACGGAACAAGCAGACGGCCCGGCUGAGGAUGGCUUCCGAACACCAGAUGCCAGCCUCCAAGCAGCAGCCAGCCAGCUCCAAGAUUGCCAUCUUCGAGCAGGAGAACUUCCAGGGCCGCUGCCAUGAGCUCAACGGCGCCUGCCCCAACCUGAAGGAUGCCGGCGUGGACAAAGUGGGCUCCAUCCUCGUGCACUCCGGACCCUGGGUGGGCUAUGAGCAGGCCAGCUGCAAGGGAGAGCAGUUUGUGUUUGAGAAGGGGGAGUACCCCCGCUGGGACUCCUGGACCAACAGCCGGAGAAGCGACAGCAUCACCUCCCUGAGACCCAUCAAAGUGGACAGCCAGGAGCACAAGAUCGUGCUGUACGAGAACCCCAGCUUCACCGGCAAGAAGAUCGAAAUCAUCGACGACGAUGUGCCCAGCUUCCACGCGCACGGCUACCAGGAGAAGGUCUCGUCCGUGCGGGUGCAGAGCGGCACGUGGGUGGGCUACCAGUACCCCGGCUACAGGGGCUACCAGUACCUGUUUGAGAAGGGGGACUACAAAGACAGCUCAGAGUUCGGCGCCCAGCACCCCCAGAUCCAGUCGGUCAGGCGCAUCCGGGACAUGCAGUGGCACCAGCGCGGCGCCUACCACCCCUCCAACUAGAGCCCCCGGCCCCGCUGGGAGCAGGGAGCCCAGCAAGCUCCCCUCGCCCGCCGCUGCCCCCACGGCCUCGCCUCCCGCCUCCCCCCGUGUGAGCCACGCCGCUGCCAAAGCAACCGAAUAAAGCUUGGAGUUUCAAAGUC